CUAUGCAGGUUGCUCAUAGCAGCGGAUGGAAAGCAGAAAGCUGAGAAUAAAGGCGACGUCUGCUGCCAGGGCUGCAGGAAGAAUGUGUGGCGGGCACGACUGCUGAGGCCAUGGCUGUGGAGGCUAUUCAUUGCAAUCGGAACUCCAAUAAUAUCGACCACCCUGCCAGCACGGACAACAUCAACCUGAACCUCAAGGGGGAACACGCCGACUCGCCCUCCAUUAAGGACACUUCAAAAGUUCCAGGGCCCAAGGGGACACCCAAGAAACUGCAGUCAGACGCACCCAAGCCCAGUAUUAAAGGAACAAAACCUGUAGCAUUCUGGACACAGCAUGACGUAUGUAAGUGGCUUAAAAAGCAUUGUCCGAACCAAUACCAACUCUACAAUGAGUCUUUCAAAGAGCAUGACAUAACCGGCCGAGCUCUGCUACGACUCACAGAGAAGAAGCUGGAGAGGAUGGGGAUUGUCCAAGAGAGCCAGCGGCAAUACGUCCUACAACAGGUCCUCCAGCUGAAAGUCCGGGAGGAGGUUCGAAACCUCCAGCUCCUGACACAAGAUUUAUUCGUGCCCUGACAAAACGUACAGAAAAGUGCCUCGAUGAUCCGAACCUCUCGUUCCCAUGUCUAGGACUUCUUCUGUGCUGCACCGGUUCUCUGAAAUGCUCUUCCCCAGAGAACCAGGCUAAUUCCCAGCACCCCCAGCUUUAAGCAUGCCCACGUCUUUUAGGGCUGGCCUACACUGUUCUCUGACUGUCCUGACUAUUCUAACUCUUCUCUGUUUUAUUUUACCGCUGGUUAUUUUAGCAGAUCAGAUGUUUCUUAACAAUUUUUUUACAUUUAUUUGCAAUAAUUGGCAUAGUUUAAGCCCUCACUUAAGGUCGUUAAAUAAAAAAAAUCAUGGACAUGUUAAUAGUUUAGGAGGUAGCCUUUUAUGUCCUAGUUUUGGUAUUUGACAGCAGUGCUCGAUGCAAGGAUGCCUCAGUCGGGUGUACCGGAUAGCUGCAGGGGUCAUUUAAAGAUCAUUGCUCCAUUCUGCAAACUAGAGGUUGUAGUCUAGUGGAGCAGGCAUUGAUGGAUGAUUCUCUGUAAUGUGUAUCACGCUGUAUCUCAACUCCACUACAAUGACUAUAUGACAGGCCUAAAAUCAUUUCUAAGCUGCGUGAAGGUACUGUACCGGACUGACAUUGUAUAACAGGGGAAUAAAUCAGAGACCUAUCUCCUCUGUGUUAUCAGACUUAAAAAAAAAUAAAAAAUAUGAAAAUUGAGUGACACGAAAAAAACAAACAAAACCCAAAAACCAUCUUCUGGCUUCCAGACUGCUUCGCCAUCAGCUAAAAUGCAACCAUUGAUUGCUCGAUGCCUCCACUUAUUUCUGCUACUGUUUAGAUGCUUAUGCCGCCAGAAUUUUCAUGCAGGCUCCGAUGUUUUAAAGCCAUGACCGCACCAAGAAGGCACAUGUUUCUUCUUGGCGUAGUGUCCAGACACACACCACUUGAAGCUGUGGUGGGUUUCCAAUCGCUGUUUAGCACCAUUCAAUGGAGCUAAGCCGCGAGCGGGUUCACAGCAUCCAAACUGUGGCAGAAACCCUAGGCAGGUAUCAAGCUAUUUCUUCAAGAGGAAGGCAAAAUUGUGGAGGGGGAGCAUCCUUCCUGACUCCAUAAAGAUGCUUUCCUGACACGUCUGUGCUAGUAAAUACUUAUAUUCCCCCGGAUCUCUGCAUUGGGCCAUUUCUCUAUGCUUUCCCUCAAAAUGUAUGAAUAAAUUAAAGGGGUUGUCUAAUCUCAUAAAGUGAUAUAUGUGUAAUAACCUAAUACCAGUAACUUACCAAUAUACUCUAUGUUACCAUAAUGCCUCCUGUUUUUACACAUCCUAAUUAAUAUAAAAUGCUCGUCCCUAGGGGAAGCAUUGCAGUGGUGACCGUAGAUGGGCUGUGAGAGCAAACAAAGCCGGCCCUUAUGGUGGCCAGGAUAGCAGGUGCGCGAGCAUAGUCUCCUGCACAUACACAUUAGCUCCUGUCCUGGGCCACCUCGUGUUGCCUGUAUCUGAAGCGCCUUUCGCUAGCCACCUCGUAGGUCCUAUGGAUCUGCCACAGUGCUGCACCCAGGCUGCUAUCGUUCUGCUGAGCCGACCAAUGCUGUUAUUGAAUCAUUAGCAGCCUCGGGAGCAUGGGCGCACAGGCCAGAGGAGGGAAGCACAGCGUUCCAAUGCCUCUGGGCUGUACUGCUAGUCAUGUUAGCACCAGCCCCCUAAAACACCAGUCCAAGCCUGCCUACCUGAAGACAAGAAAUGAGACAACUCCUUUAACUGUAAAGAAGCCUUUCCUGAUGACGAAACCAUCUUUUCCUCUGCAUAUAAAAGUUCAAUUUAGAAACUUUUUCACAUAAUUUAUUUCCCCUUUUUUACUCUUGCUUUUUUUCCUUUUUGUUUCUUCCCUUGAUUUCACCUUCAAAGUUGAAAACCUAUCUUAUGACUUUACUAAUUCUUAGCCCUAAGGGUAAUCCGCCACCCGUAUGUAUUCAGCCCGUCUUUUGUGCUGUGAUUGACAAGUCACAUGACAUUUUUUGUAAGCAAUCAUUCACCUCCUUUGAUAUUUGUGGUCUGCUUUACAAUGUUUUUAUCUGUAGUGUUUGUAGACAUGUGGUAACACAGAUAAAACCGCCACAAAGAGUAUUUCAAGAAAUGAGAGAAUCUUAGUAAAUCUUAUGUUGGCCAGAAAUCUGAACAAAGCGCAACAAAAAGCAGCACAGCUAAGAUAUAUAAGAGCAAAAUGUAGUUUAUCAGAACAUGGAAGAACUUUACUAAUCUGUUCCUUUCAAACCAGUCAAUGUUCUUGAGAAGUCUAAUCCUACUAGAGGUGCAGGUUUAGGGACUCGCUGACAUUCCUUGCUGACUGGAGUUUCCUCGUAACUCAAAAAAAAAGUCAUCCACUGAGAAGUCUGAUUGUGAAAAGUAAAGUGGUUUACUGCAGUGAAGAGCAUUUAUCUGUGUUUAAGGGAUUAAAAACACUUCUCGGAGAAUGACACCUCAGAGGAAUGGAUUUGUCUCCAUCCUCAUGCUCUGCAUCAUCAAACACAUUAUCAAUACAAUUGUAGCAGACAAUGGUUUUUUUUUCCUCUUCCACAUGGUUUACGUAACUUUAGAGGCAACUCUUCAUCUGUCAUGGCACCCAUGAGGAGGUGGACCCAGCUAAGGUUAGCCGCAUUUAUUUUUCAUGAAUGGAGUGACUCUGGACUCUAGAAGCUCUGUGGUGUUAUCAAACAAAUGGUGGCAUACCUACUGUACCAUAGAGAAAGUCCACACACUUUCUGCGGGCCUGACCGCAAACCUUCUUUUCCCAAUGUUUUCCCUCCAACCCCAUAGAGUACACUUUGGAGAGGUUUGUUUAGUUACCAGGUGCUCCCUUCUUCAACAAAUUUGCAAAACUACCUGAUCUAAGCUGUACAAAACACA